CCAUUUAAGAGGAACCGGAAACGCGAACAAACUUUUCCCGGUCAUUUUACGCAACUAAAGUUGUUUAGUAUUUUCUCUUAUUUAGACACCAACACAUUAAACAACACGUCUACAACCUGUAAAAACCAUCCCAGCGAGGAAAGUCGUGAGGUUAGCGAGCUAUUUAUUGGCACGCUUGCUCAGCCGCCCAUAGUUAGUGAUUAUAGCGUAACGUUAACCGGCUGGUCAGGUAUCAACAUAGCCAGUCAGUGCACUUGUUUGUGAUACGUGGAUUCAACCUGAAGAUACUUUCAUGUUUUAGAUUUCAACAUGUCCUUGAGUGCAGUCCACUCCACACUGUCUAGUCUGAAAACAUGUCAGGCAGAUAUUGGAACUGGGAUGGACAUUGUGACCGACGUUGCACUGGACGUGGCAGAAACCGCAGGAACUGAGAAUGAUGCAGUCCUGAAGAAGCUGGAGGUGAUGAUGCUGGAGUGUGCCAAACUGGACCAGGAGAUCAACUGCUUCGUUGAGGUGGUGAACUGUGUCACUGCAGAGGUGAGGAACCAGGAGCCCGAGGCCAUGUUCAGACUGAAGUCUCUGGUGAAGGAGAAGUUCACUGAGACACACGGCAGUCUGUCUGAGGGAGAGCUACAGAACCACGUCAAGCUGGUCAGCUUUAAGGAGAACGUCAGAAACGUACUCAAAACAGUGAACCCUGAGGCAGCAGAGAAUAUGGAGGAGGAGCCGGAUGAGGAUGUUGCUGUGACGCAGAGUGAGGUUAACUUCACCUGUCCCCUGACUCAGGUGGAGAUGGUGAACCCAAUGAAGAAUAAGAAGUGUAACCACCACUACGACCGGGACGCCAUUAUGGGGAUGAUCAAGGCCCGGCAAAACCAGAAGAAGAAGUUACGCUGUCCGGUGGUUGGCUGUGGCAACACGGACGUGAAGCAGGGAGACUUGAUCCUAGAUCAGAUUAUGAAGAGACAGAUCCAGAAGAGGUAGACUACCACGGCAUGAUUCUGGGUUACUGUAAUAGACCACUGGGGGGCAGUGUCGUCCCUGGAAUAAACCACAAAGGGAUCAGGAGAGGUGACUCAGGUCAUGAAGAGAGAAGCUGGAUAAUCAGCCUACUUCUUCUGAGAGAGUUGGGCUAAAUGAAUCAGAGAAUGUGGGUUUCCUAAAUACUUACAAACCACAGAAAGAUCAUGUCUGUAACAUACAACGUGAAACGAUGAUUGAAUAAAUGAUGUGGAAAUGA